UCCAGCUGCCGUCUGAGGCUGCUGAGCUGCUGCUGGCUCCCUCUGAACUCAGCCCCUGCCCAGCUCCCUGCGGGUUCAGCCCCUUCCCGUCACAGCCCUGGGCACCGUGGUCAUCCUCGGAGCCAUCUCUGUGCACACACGAGGCAGGAGAGGGCACUGCACAAGGGUACACAGGAAUUGAACACUCCAUGCGGUUUUUAGGGAGAGGAGACAAUUCCUGUUUUAUCCAAGACCUGUUUUCUGUCUCCCCAGUCUCCCAUCGUCCAGCCCACUCUUCCCGCUCGGCUCUGGUUAUUUUAAGUUCCCUUCCCAGCGGGUUUCAAGGACCAAGCUCCCGGUUUAACCUCCCUGAGCAGCCCGAGCCCAGCUCAGCCUGGUAAAACCAAGCACUGGGACCAUCCACUCGUGUCUUCCACCUAUUUUAUUUUCACCUUCCAUCUGUUUUAUUUUGGUGGAUGCAGGACAGGGACCGCCUGUGCCCGCUCCACCCCUGUGCCCCCCCAUGCCCUGCACAGAAAGCAGCUCCUGUUCCUUGGUGCCAAGAGGUGCCUUUGCCCUCGAGCCUCUCUCCUGAAUCAUCCUUUGUUUACUGCCAUGGGAGAGGAAAAGCAAAGUUUGGCCAAAGAUUUGAUUUUAUUUGUGGCAUUCCUGAGGAGGAUGAUGGGUGCUGGAACCCUGUUCCUUGUGCUGGUUCCCAGCCCUCUCCCAGAGCACCACGGACACCGGGCAAGGGCUGAGCCACCCCUCUGGCUCUGGCAGCGUCCUGGCAGGACAUGGGGCUGCAGAGGGAGAGGCUGGAGGGACAGACACAGCACUGAGUUAUUUUCCUCCUCCUGCAGAGAAGUUCAGCCAGAGGUUGGGGAGACCUCAAGGAAGUGGUCGGUUCCUGCAGGGCUGAGGAGAGGAGCAGGCUGGCUCUGCAGUGGUGCCUCAGCUCUGGCUUUACAGAGGGCAGUGGGGACAUCCAGGAGCUCUGUCCGGCAGUCUUGGUGGCUUCAUCCCUCCUGCCUGUGCAGGGAGAUCUCUUCCUUCAGGUCCUCUGAUGAGUUUCAGCACAUCCUUCAUAACAAAUCUCCAUUUCAUGCCUUCCUCUCUCUGGAGCCUUUGCCUCCUUCCCUCCAGCCACCUUUUCCACAUCUCCUGUUCCAUCUCCAUCCUCUCAAUCCAUCAGCAUCACCUCCUGGCCACCCCGUGUCCAGCUGGGGACCGAAUUCCCGUUUUUCUCCAGGGUCUGGGCACGCCUUUCUCCCGGUGGAGAGGGCAAGGGGGGGUAACACGCUGCUCUCUCCUCCAGGCCAGCCCCAGGUGCGGCCACCCCCGCAGCCCCUGGGGCCCUGCACCCUCCUGCUGCCCAACGGCGCCGGGCGGGGGCCAGACCCGGCCAGUGCCAACGGGGAGACGGGGAACGGGACCUGCCGGGCCGUGCCCAGCACGCAGAAACCUCACCGAAAGCUGCAGUCACACCACUCCAUCAACAGCCAGAGCAGCAAGAAGAGCAAGGGCAGCUCCAAGUCACCCUCUUCCCACAUCCCCAUUGAGGCACAGGAAGACUGCUGCGUCCACUGCAUCCUCUCCUGCCUCUUCUGCGAGUUCCUGACCCUCUGCAACAUCGUGCUGGACUGUGCCACCUGCGGCUCCUGCACCUCCGAGGACUCCUGCAUCUGCUGCUGCUGCUGCAACUCGGGCGAGUGCGCGGACUGCGACCUGCCCUGCGACAUGGACUGCGGCAUCAUCGACGCGUGCUGCGAGUCUGCCGACUGCCUGGAGAUCUGCAUGGAGUGCUGCGGGCUCUGCUUCUCCUCCUGAGGGGCUCCCCUGGGCCGGGGGACCCGCGCUGGGACCCCCCAGGCUCCGGCCGGUCCCUCGGGAAAGCUCGCGGAGGAGGAGAGCGAAUCCCCCGCUGGAAUCCUCGUCCUUGGAGCCGGAUCCUGCCCGGGGAAGGUGACCACAGGCACGGCGGGGGCUCUGGCAGUGCCCUGUCCUGCUCUACCUCUGCCUGCACCGGGGCACCGCGGGAGCCUCCUGCCACCUGAGCCGAGAGCAGGAGCGCCCGUCCUGCAGAGCCACCCUGGGGCCUUGGGGACAGCCCUGUCCUGCAGAGCCACCCUGAAUCCCAGCCUUGGGGACAGCCCUGUCCUGCAGAGCCACCCUGAAUCCCAGCCUUGGGGACAGCCCUGUCCUGCAGAGCCACCCUGAAUCCCAGCCUUGGGGACAGCCCUGUCCU